GGGCAGCAGAGGAGCGCUCGUCCGUCCCCACCGUGCGCUGAUGCUCUGCGAGCCGCAGCUCCAGGGAGCCCCUCAUUGCUAAGGAGGUAAGGGCAGGCACGACGGCCAUCGGCUAUUGUAGCCGAAGGUUCGGCUUCGUGCACGAUGCUUGCUUACAGGGCUGCUUUUCGUUUUGGGAGAGGUGCGAGGGUGAAGCGUGGCAUCCCUCCUCUGUUCUGCUUAUUGCCGAUUCCCCAGCAGCUCCCAGACAAUGCCUCCUCCGGGGCAGGCGGUGCUGCAUGGCCACUGUUGCUGGGGGCACACCGUGGUGCCACCAAACCGGGCUCGGCUGGCACCAGCUCUCCAUUCCCCGACAGCAGGAGAAAGCGGCGCGUGAAAACCUGUCCUGGUAGAGGCGGGGGCUUGAAUGGAUGUUUCUCUGGGGCCGGCUGUGCUAUUCAUUCCUGCAGACACUUGCUGAAGCAGACCCCUCCCUGCUGCUCCCCACGCCCGGCCCCGAGACGGAGGACCCCACUGACCCCACCAUGUCAUCGGAGCCUGGCGCCCCGCCGGCCGUGCCACCCCUGCACUCUCCCAAGUCCCCAGUCUGGCCCACCUUCCCCUUCCAGCGUGAGGGCAGCCGUGUUUGGGAGCGGGGCAACCUCCUGCUGCGGGACCUGCCCAGCCCACUGCCCACUAAGAGGACCAGGACCUACUCUGCGACGGCACGUGCUUCUGCCGGGCCCAUCUACAAGGGUGUCUGCAAGCAGUUCUCCCGUUCACAGGGCCAUGGGUUCAUCACUCCAGAGAACGGCACAGAAGACAUUUUUGUCCAUGUGUCUGACAUCGAGGGGGAGUACGUCCCGGUAGAGGGGGAUGAGGUGACGUACAAGGUCUGCCCCAUCCCUCCCAAGAACCAGAAGUUCCAGGCAGUGGAGGUGGUGCUCACCAACCUGGCGCCCCAUACGAAGCAUGAGACAUGGUCUGGGCAGAUCAUCGGCUCCUAGGUACCUGGGGGGCCUGAUGGCCGCUCGCAGAGAGCAUGGGGAAGGCCGGGCUGGCAAAGAGGCUGGGGCCACUCCCCAGCACGCAGGUGUUCGCGUUCGGUGUCUUUUCUAAGGUUACGGUUUCCUUUUUCUGUGUGUGUUUGUACCUGUCUUUCGAGGGGGAUGGGGAAAGCGGAGUCCUCCCCACUGACCCCUCAGCUCCUGGGGUAGCACUGAGUCCCAUGUCCUUGAGCCCAAGGGGAGCGGGAGGACUGAUCCUGCUCCCAUCCCACUGCAGCCUGGGGCUUUUGGGGGGCUUGUCCCAGCCUCCCCAGCCCUGCUCUGGCCAGAUGGGCAAAUCACUGUGCCGGGAGGGGACAGCUCAGCCCCUUCCGUCCCCAUCACCCCAGCCCCCCUGGAACCCCAUCCCAUGUGUGCCUGUGUGUGUGUGUGUGUGUGUCCGUAGGUCACCGUGGGGCUGAAGGGUUUGGUGAUCUCCCUCUGCUCGUGCUCCAAGCCGACACCUCCCGCCCCCUCGGUGUAGACAGGGUCUCGUAUAUAAAGCACAAAUUUGUUCUCAGUCCUCUCCGCCAUAUCCUGGCCAGGUGGGCUCCUGUGGCCUUGGGGACGGGGAAGGGGCACCUGAGGGUUGUGGGACGUGGACGUAGGGAUGGCCCCAUGCCAUGCCCCAGGCAGUCAGCCUGGCCGAGACAAACUGUUGGAUUUUUCUUUUUUCUUUUCUUUUUUUCUUUAUUUUUUGGGGGAAAUAACCUUAAAUCAUAGAAUUGUUGGUGUUUUUACAACUCUGGUGUGGUUCCCGCCUGUCUGACCUUGUGUCAACCUUUGUAACAUUGGCAAUAAACCAUUAAAAGUGACUUUCCCAUGA